AUGUCGGAUAAAGGAAAUAAGCCGAAAGACUUCAAUGGCACGAGGUCAAAAUACAAAGAAUGGAUCUACGAAUGUCACAUGUACAUUCUAACCAACCCAACCAAGUAUGACACCGACAAGGAUAAAACCUUAAUGGUAUUAUCAUACAUGAGAGAAGGAACGGCAUCGCUCUUUGCCCAGAAAUAUUACUUCGACAGGGAACUUCGAGAAUACAAAGCAACGGAAACCAAAAAAACAUGGGGAACGUUCAAAGACUUCUUAAAAGAAUUAGCCGCCACAUUCAAAGAUGAAAGUCUCGAACAGAAGGCAAGACAGAAACUAUUUACGAUGAGAAUGGGAAAACGAUUAGCAGACGAGUUCGUCACGGACUACCUCAUGACAGCGGGAGAAAGCGGAUUCGAUCUCAAAUCCACCGUCAAUUAUUUCCGCCGAGCCAUACACCCGGAGAUUCUCAAACAAAUCUACAGACUCCCUGAUAUGCCAACGACCAUGGACGAUUAG